GUGUGUAGCGAUGGAGAUGUAAGAUUUAAACUCAACCGUGCAGCGGAUCGGACACCGCGCUUCACCAUCAUCAUAAACAUGGGGGUUUUAGAGGCUAGCAGCGGGCUGAUGGAGCGCGCAGCGGAGAGGAUCAUGAGCGAACACCUGAGCUUCGCCAUCCUCGCCGCCUCCGCGGUCACCCUCACCGUGGCGUACCUCUCCACACGGGCACUCAGGCUGCAGGCGGAGAGAAAACAGCACGGACACAAAUAUCCCCCAUACAUCCCAUCCAGUUUGCCGUUCCUGGGUCACGCCAUCGCUUUCGGGAAAAGUCCCAUUGAAUUUCUGGAGAACGCCUACGAGAAGUACGGCCCUGUGUUCAGCUUUACCAUGGUGGGGAAGACCUUCACCUACCUGGUGGGGAGCGAAGCGUCCGCUCUGAUGUUCAACAGCAAAAACGAGGACCUGAACGCCGAGGACGUUUAUUCACACCUGACCACACCAGUGUUCGGCAAAGGAGUCGCCUACGACGUCCCGAACCACGUGUUCCUGGAGCAGAAGAAGUUGUUGAAGACGGGACUAAAUGUGGCUCGCUUUAAGCAGCACGUCCAGCUCAUUGAAGAAGAAACAAGGCAGUAUUUCACCCGCUGGGGGGAUAGUGGGGAAAAAAAUCUGUUCGAGGGUCUGAGCGAGCUAAUCAUCCUGACGGCGAGUCGCUGCCUGCACGGCGUGGAGAUCCGCAGCGUUCUCACAGAAAGUGUUGCUCAGCUCUACACCGACCUCGAUGGAGGGUUUACCCACGCUGCGUGGCUGUUACCUCAGUGGGUGCCUUUGCCUAGCUUCAGGCAGAGGGACCGUGCACACAGAGAGAUCAAACAAAUCUUUUACAAAGUGAUCGAGAAGCGCCGGCAGAGCGCCAAGAAGCAGGACGACAUCCUGCAGACGCUUAUAGACGCCACGUACAAAGACGGGCGUUCUCUGAACGACGAUGAGAUUUCCGGGAUGUUGAUCGGCCUCUUGUUGGCCGGUCAGCACACUUCGUCCACCACCAGCGCAUGGCUGGGGUUCUUCCUGGCGCGGGACUCUGAGCUGCAGAAACGCUGCUACAGCGAACAGAAGCAAGUGUGUGGAGAAAGCCUGCCGCCCAUCACCUACGAACAGCUGAAGGAGCUGACCGUGCUGGAAGGCUGUCUGAAGGAAACUCUGAGGCUCCGCCCCCCCAUCAUGACCAUGAUGAGAAUGGCUCGAACUCCUCAGAAAGUUGGAGAGUACACCAUCCCUCCAGGACAUCAGGUGUGUGUCUCGCCCACAGUAAACCAUCGCCUUCAGGACUCCUGGGAUCGGCGACUGGAUUUUGACCCCGACCGGUACCUCGGGGACAACCCCGCCUCCGGAGAGAAAUUCGCCUAUGUGCCGUUUGGAGCAGGUCGUCACCGGUGCAUUGGCGAGAACUUCGCCUACGUGCAGAUUAAAACCAUUUGGUCGACAUUGUUACGUUUGUUCGAGUUCGAGCUGGUAGACGGAUAUUUCCCCACUGUGAACUACACCACUAUGAUACACACACCUACCAACCCCAUCAUCAGAUACAGACGGAGGACAUAAUACACACACACACACACACACACACACACACACACAGCGCUUGCAGUGUCUGGAUUAGUUAUACAGAGCAAGCAGGGAUCAGGAACCAUAAACACACACACACACACACACAUUUUCUCUCUCUCUCUAGCCUCAGUGAUUCCAUUUGUAAAUAAAUAGUUUUAUAAAUAUACACAUAUAUCCACUCUGAAACUGUGCACGCUGUGUGAUUCUUCUUCUGUUUCUGUUAAUUAUUUCUUCCUGAAAGAGAUUCUGAGUUCAUCCAAACUAGUGUCCUAACUACUACUUAUAAUUCACUGUUCAUCUCCAACAUUAGCUACACACACACACACCACAGAAAGUUGUAAUUAGGUUGCAACAACAACCGUGCAGAACACUACACCUGAACAAUGUUGUUUGUGAAAGUCAGAACGGCUUUAAUUAAAUGAUUCUGAAACAACGUUGCAAAUACAAUCCUUAAACUACAGAAUUUACUGAUCUUAGCAUUCACAGCAGUUCAGAAAUCCCAAGUGGAGAACCGGAUAAACACAACAGUAUACAUUUCUAUUGUAUAUUUAAGUGUGAAAAUAUUAAUAAAUUCUGUUUUAAAGUCA